CCGUGUCCCGCUGUCCCGGCACGGAGGAUUCUUCUGCCUAAUCCUUCUUUAGAUCCUGGGCUGCAGCCAGAGGAAAUCUGGACCAUCCUACGCAGCAGAGGCCUGAGGAGUCUGGAUUUCCAUGUGCAGUGACGCCCAGGAUGGGGCUGUUCCGGCACGCGCUGGCCGGAGCCGUUCUCCCGUUUCUGAUCCUUUCAGGAAAUUGGGUUUCAGCGGAGAACAUCAACUUUCACAACAUCAGGCCUCCACUGGACCCCACUCCAUUCCCAAACAGUUUCAAGUGCUUUACUUGUGAGAACGCGGUGGACAACUACAACUGCAACAGAUGGGCUGAAGAUAGGUGGUGUCCUGAAAGCACUCGGUACUGCCUGACGGUUCAUCUCUUCACAGCCCGCGGGGAGAGCACCUCGGUCACCAAGAAAUGCGCCACCGGUGAGGAGUGUCACCUGGUGGGGUGCCACCGCCGCGGGGACGGCGGCCACACGGAAUGCGUUUCCUGCUGCGAAGGAAUGAUCUGCAACGUGGAGAUCCCCACCAACGCCACCAACGCGGUGUUUGCCGUGCUGCAGGCGCGCAGGACGGCCGCGGCCAGCCGGGACGUGCCCAGCGGGGCCCUGCUGGUGGCACUGGUGGCACUGGUGGCACUGGUGGCCCUGUCCUGACACCGCACCCUCAGAGCUGCUGGCACAGCCCCCCGGGCCAGGAACCUCCAGGAUCUCCAAGGAGGAGUCACUGAUGUUCCUUCAUCGCGGCAAAUUUAAGGAAAGGCACAUCCUGAACUCCUUGGAUAUUUUAGUGGGAAUCCUUCCCCGUCAGUAUUGAAAAGAAACCCCACAAAACACCCCCUGGUGG